AUGGAGAUCACCAGGGGUUCGCCAACUGACAGACAUGAGCUCCAACGCCAAGACGCAGUGUCGUUUGUUCACCCAGGCGCACUACAUACUAUCAAAGACUUCGAGAGAGUCCAGCAACAUGUGAGGGCCAAGGAACAACCUUGGUACAGAGCCUGGCAGCACCUGGAGUCCACAAAGCUGGCCCAGACCACCUGGGCACCAACGCCCCAGGAGAUCCUCGUCCGCGGCGCAAACGACGCACUUCCGCAGAAUUAUGGAUAUGCAUACCGUGAUGCCCACUCCGCGUACCAGCUCGCCCUCCGAUGGCUCAUAGGGGGCAACACGUCCUAUGCUGACCACGCAGCCAAGAUCCUGGACGGCUGGGGCUCCACCCUGGUCGACAUCGACGGAAAUGAGGACAAGUACCUGGCUGCAGGCCUCUACGGGGAUUUCCUCGACCAUCAUAACGAUAAGCAGGACUUUUACUACGCGAACUGGGAUCUGUGCAAUAUCGCUUCCCUGAUGGCGAUCGCCAUCUUUAAUGACAACAAGACCAUGUACGACUACGCCGUCAACUACUUCAAGGACGGGCUACCUGGCCAGCCUGAAGUUGUCGCAAACGGCGGCUCUGCCGGAGUGGAUCUCUAUUCGAUCUACGGCCAUCGGAUCCUGAAUGCUGCCGAGUAUGUUGCCAAAUACAAUACGAACCACACCGUACCAUAUACUCCCUACCGCAGCUGGGAAGGCGUGCUGGAAGUCGUCUCCGAGAAAGCCCGCUUCGACAUCAGACCUGGGUACGAAGCACUUCAUGCACACUACAAUGCAAUCAAGGGUCUCAACGCGUCAUGGUCGUUGGAGUAUCGUGACUUUGUGAAUGCAAACCUGACGGGGCGGAUCGAGGGCGGUGGUGGUGAUUAUAGCCCCAACUCUGGGGGGAAUGACGCGCUGGGGCAUUGUACUUUGAUGUAUCGUCUUAAAGACGACUGA